CUGUAGAGCAGAGACACACGCAGAGAAGGACAAAAAAGUAUUCACCGCAUUAAGUGUGUGCUCUGCUCCCCUCCCCACUGCUGGCACAUCGCACGUACUAUUGGUGGUGUUCGAAGACUGUGUUGAUCAGGGGGUCUGUGCGGUCUAUCUUCUCAGUGCGGUUCCCCUUUGGCGAUGGACGACUCGCUGAAACAGAGGGGACAGACAUGCAGUGAUCCCUCCCCUCCCUCCCCAUCGCCCAUUGACUCACUCACCAGCCGGUGCGUCAACAUUUGCGUCGGUGUUGAUACUCAGUUUCACCGACUGACUCACCGUGUGUGAGUGUCGGCAGCUUCUUCGCCGCGCCCGCACUCUUGUGGUUCGACGCAGCAGACCGGCGGUGGGGACGCUUCUUGGGAGACCCCUCGCUGAGCCCAGCCGACCCGACGGAGAACGCCACUCCGCAGGACAGCGGCAUCUUGGAGUCACACUCGUCAAAACUCAGGGGCGGCAAACCUGCACACAUCCAACCAUCCGCAGGAUAGCAAAGCAGAUCAGAUCAGAUCGGGGGAGAGUGGGCUGUGCACUGGUCAGUCUCACUCACCUGUGUCGUGCUGCGGUUUGGCGGCCUUGACGGGGCGGAAGGCGAAGCCCAUGCCCAGCUUGAUCAGGCUCUUGUCCUGCUCGAGGAGCUGAAACUCAGACGCCUCAGACGUCGACUCGCCUCCGUCACAGUUGUGCUCAUACAAGGAAAGCUUCUCACCAAACAUCCCAGCAAACAUCUGAACCAAACCACACACACACGACACACACAUAGGACCCACGAGAAGGUCGGCUCUUGUCCUGUCCUGUCCUGUCCUGUCGUCUGUCCGCCCACCCACCUUGUGUUGGUGUGUGCGUCUGUCGGUCUUGGAGUGGAUGUGCUUGGCCUGGUCGUGUUGGAUCUUGAGUUUGAGCUGCUCGCCGGCGGGGUUGCCCUUGUCGGCCAGUAGCAGCGCAUCCACCACGUUCAUGGCCUUCUCGUAGUCCGUCAACUGAUACUGAUAACACACAGAGAGGGAGAGGGAGAGAGGCGGCAUGUGCAAAGUUUGUUGAGUGUGAUGAGGGCACAUCGAUGUACCUGCGUCGGUGUCGAUAGACAACCCCAACCCUCCCAGUCGACGACGGCAUGGCGGGUCUACAGUCGGUCAACGAAGGACAGACAGACAAGAAGCCCACAGCCACCAAUCAUCCCGCCGCCCGCAUGCAUGACGCUUGAUCCUCACCCGGUCUCUUGGGUGAGUCCUGCCGGCCCAGUCGGGGUGGGCUCCUUGGCGGGUUCCUUGGCCGGCUCCUGUGCCUGCUGCCGUGCGGUGUGUCAAUCGCUAGGGCAGGUCGCCUCAUCCUCACCGCUACAGCCUGCAU